AUGCAGAGAUUGCUCGUUACCAGUCUUUUUAUGAAGAGAGCGCCCACAGUGGCUGCUCGUAGUCUAUCCAGCUUUCCAGGCUUGAAAACGGCCGCCACCUCGGUAAACAGUGCUUCCACGCUGGAACCACCCAGUGGGUCACCAAUUUCGUUGAAGGAUGCAGGAAGGGACUCGUCAUUGUAUGGCACAAGGCCCAUAUAUCUGGAUCUGCAGGCUACCACACCGGUGGAUCCAAGAGUUCUGGACAAAAUGAUGCAAUUUUACACGGGACUGUACGGAAACCCUCACUCGUCCACGCAUUCGUAUGGUUGGGAAACUGAGACGGAGGUGGAGAAAGCCAGAGAACACAUUGCGAGAGUAAUUGGAGCCGAUCCCAAGGAAAUAAUCUUCACUUCCGGAGCUACAGAGUGUAAUAAUUUAGCUUUGAAGGGUGUGGCAAGAUUCUACGCAAAAACAAAGAAGCACAUCAUUACCUCGCAGACAGAACACAAGUGUGUUUUGGACUCAGCCAGACAUCUACAGGACGAAGGGUUUGAGGUGACGUAUCUGCCUGUGGGAGAGGAUGGACUUAUUGAUUUGGAACAGCUUGAACAAGCCAUCAGGCCAGACACUUCCAUUGUGUCUAUCAUGUCUGUGAAUAACGAGAUUGGUGUGAUUCAGCCCCUUGAAGAGAUUGGAAAGCUUUGCAGGAAGCACAAGGUGUUCUUUCACACCGACGCCGCACAGGGAUUCGGCAAGAUUCCUCUGGACGUGAACAAAUACAACAUCGACUUGAUGUCUAUCUCUGCCCACAAGAUAUACGGACCAAUGGGAAUUGGUGCCUUAUAUGUUCGCAGAAGACCCCGUGUCAGAUUGGAGCCUUUGAUCACCGGAGGUGGCCAGGAGAGAGGUUUGAGGUCCGGAACAUUGGCUGCGCCUCUGGUGUCUGGAUUUGGCGAGGCUGCUAGACUCAUGACCCAGGAGAAAGACGCGGAUAUUGCACACAUUACCAAACUUUCAGACAGACUUAUGAAUGGAUUGCUGUCUAUCGAACACACCCAGCUGAAUGGAUCAGCUACUCACAGAUACCCCGGAUGUGUCAAUGUGUCGUUUGCAUAUGUUGAGGGAGAGUCUCUUUUGAUGGCACUGAAGGACGUGGCUUUGUCUUCUGGCUCUGCGUGUACUUCUGCCUCUCUGGAGCCAAGUUACGUGUUGCAUGCCUUGGGUGCUGAUGAUGCCCUUGCCCAUUCUUCCAUCAGAUUCGGCAUCGGUAGAUUCACCACCGAGGAGGAGAUUGAUUAUGUGAUCAAGGCUAUGACUGAGAGAGUGGGUUUCUUGAGAGAACUGUCUCCUCUUUGGGAGAUGGUCCAGGAGGGCAUUGACCUCAACACCAUUGAGUGGUCCGGUCAUUAA